AUGACCAAGCGCACCAAGAAGGUCGGUAUCACCGGUAAAUAUGGUACCAGAUACGGUGCUUCCCUGCGUAAGCAGGUGAAGAAGAUGGAAAUCACCCAGCACGCCCGCUACGUCUGCACCUUCUGCGGAAAGAACACCGUCAAGCGCAAGGCCGUUGGAAUCUGGGAGUGCAAGGGAUGCAACAAGACCGUUGCCGGUGGCGCCUACACUGUCGCCACGCCCGCCGCUGCCGCCACCCGCUCGACCAUCCGCCGUCUCCGCGAGAUCGCUGAGGUUUAA